AUGUAUUCCUCGUCAAAUUCCUUCCUCGGCGGCGCCAACAGCGCUCGCGGACAGCAGCCACCUUUCAUGCAGCAGCAGCAACAGCAGCAAUACUCGCCAUUUCCGACCGGCCAGCAGCAGCCGGGCUUUGCUCCUCAGCCUACUGGUUAUGGAUCUCAAAUGCCUGGCUCGCAGCUACAACCUCAACCAACCAGUUUCCCCGUGGGACAGCUGCAACCGCAAUUCACCGGCUUCCCUGGCGCCGCUGCCCAGCAAGCACACCAGCCGGGCUUACAACCUCCGAUUCCGCAGCAACCCCAAUUUACAGGCUACCCUGGCCAGGCUCAAACUCCCCAGUUUCAGGCGCCGUCAAAUACCGGUCUCCCUCUCCGUCCGGGCUUUCAGACCUCUUCAGCGAUAGCCGACUCAUUUCGAGAUGGGAACGGCGCGGCUCCCCCGCCGCCCCCUAAAUCCUCGGGCAACAAGAUUCCCAACAUCCGCCUCUCAUUCAUCACCGCCCAAGAUCAGGCUAAAUUCGAGCAACUGUUCAAGUCGGCCGUUGGAGAUAACCAGACAAUGAGCGGCGAUAAGGCCAAGGAGCUACUCCUGCGGUCAAGGCUCGCGGGCAGGGACCUGUCGAAGAUAUGGGUCUUGUCCGACUCUACUAAGUCAGGCCAGCUGUUCUUCCCGGAGUUUGCACUGGCUAUGUAUCUGUGCAACUUGCGAAUCACAGGCAGGGAGCUGCCCGACGCUCUCCCGGAGAAAAUAAAAAACGAAGUGUCCAGUAUGGUGGAUAUCAUCUCGUUCACGGUCCCCGAUACGCAACCGGAGCCUGUCUCCCGGACGAAUGCCCCGAGUUUCGAGGCGCCACUGCUUGAGAACAAAUCGGCUCCUCCAGCUCCUCAGCAACCGCAGCCACAACAGCCAACGAAUUCGCAGCUUCUGAAUCAACUCACGGCUCAGCCUACGGGAUUCCCCCAGGCGAAUAACUUCCUGUCCACCCAGGCCGCCUUCUCUGGCCAAAAUUCGGGCCUCACGCCCCAAGCGACUGGAUUUCCCGCACAGACUCAGUCACAGACCCUCCAGCCGCAGCCCACGGGGCUCAUGUCCAAUCCGCAAGCGACUGGCUAUACCGGCCCUCGCCCGCCGAUGCCGCCGAUGCCUACGGGUUUCGGAUCCGGACUUAGCCCCGCACAAACCGGGGGCGUACAGGGCCUGGUCGCGCAGCCUACCGGUAUCCCUGGCCAAUGGGGGUUUGUCAAUGCACCGGCGACCGGCCUGCCCAACAUUGAAGCUCUCAAGCAGCAACUCAUGCCUCAACCAGGCCGCGAAGGCGGGUUUUCUGCAGUCGGACUUUCGGGAAAUGCCCAUAUCCCUUGGGCCAUCACGAAGGAGGAAAAGAAAAUCUACGACGACCUGUUCCGAGCGUGGGAUGGGUUCCACAAGGGCUUCAUUGGUGGUGACACUGCUAUUGAAAUUAUGGGCCAGAGUGGCUUGGAUCGCCAGGAUUUGGAGCGAAUUUGGACAUUGGCGGACCCGCACAACAGGGGUCGGCUGAACAUGGAUGAGUUCGCCGUUGGUAUGCACUUGAUCUACCGGAAGCUCAACGGAUACCCGGUACCAAAUCGCCUACCGCCGGAACUUGUCCCUCCCUCGACAAGGAAUCUGAACGACUCCAUCGGAACGGUCAAAUCCAUGCUUUCGCAAGAUGCCGAGUCCCGUAAAGCUUCGGGCGCGUUCUUGCAGCCGCAGAAGACUGGCGUAAGCUAUCUCAAGGAGCACUCUUUUCGUGGCGGCACGUCGUCGCCUGGCUUUGGUCGCAAAGAUGCUACGCUUUUCAAAAACAAUGACGAAGCUGCCUCUGGCUACCGCUCUAGUGCUCGCCGUCGCGUCGGUAACAACGCUCGCACUCCAUCACCCGCCGCCUCGUCUCAGGCAUCGGAGGAAGAACUGUCUUCCGAGCAAUUGAAGAAAAAGAUCCGUGAGACUCAGAUUAUGCUUGACGCGGUGGAUUUCCAGGAUGAAAAUCGUGCCGAAGAAGACGAUGCUAUGGAUCGUAGGGACCGCCGCGAAGCAGAGAGCUUGAUGGACAGAACUCGACGCGUCCAGGACGAAAUCGACACUCACCCAAAUGCCUCCUUCCGGAACCUCGACAAUGGGGCUGAACGACGAACUCUGCGACGCCAACUACAGACUUUCGAGGAUCAAGUUCCUCAGAUUGCUUCCGAGGUCCGUAGGGUUGAGCGGGAGAUUGCCGAGACUAAACUGGAGCUGUUCCGCUUGAAGGAUGCGAAGGCGCACCCCAGCAGUGCAUCGAAUAUUGUUGGUACUGGCCCCGGUGGCACGGUGACGGAGGCCGACCGCAUUAAAGCUCGCGCCCGUGCUAGGAUGCAGGCUCGCGCUGCCGAGCUUGCCGGAAGACCGCCACCUGCCUCGCAAGACGAUGAUGGAGCAGCUGCUCGGCGUCUCGAAGCUGAGAGUGCAAACAUCAAGGCGGCCAGAGAGAAGAACGAUGCCAUGACGCGUGAUGUGGAGGACAGCGUCAAAGAUUUCGCUCGCGGCCUUGAGGACAGCCUCAAAGAUGAAGGGGAAAACUCGACUCGCGAGCACGAACGACGCCGAUGGGAAGAUGCGCUAGGCGUGGAGGAUAUCGUCCGUGACUUCAUCUAUGACUUGAAGCGUGGCAGCCGGACUGCAUCAGUUCGCAAGGAGGAAACAUCGAGGUCAUUCCCAGUGCAGGAACAAUCGUCUCCUCAUUAUGAAUCGCCCGGUGGUAGUGCUGGAGCUGUUCGCCCCUCCCCUCCGCCAUCUACCAGCUCUCCGGCAUCGUUGCCCGGGUCUACACAUGAAGACCGAGUGGCCGCAGCCAGAGAACGUGCGCAAAAGCGCAUCGCCGAACGGAUGGCGGCCGCUGGCCUGAAACCCCACAGCAAUGAUUCGGCGGAGACCCUUCCUCAACGUCAAGAACGCGAAAAGAAGGAGCGCGAAGAACGGCUGCGAAAAGCCGAAGAAGAGGAUGCGAAGCGAGAGCAGGAACGGCAGCGUCGCCUGGCCGAAGAGCAGCAGGGCCCAGCAUCGCAAUCCGCCAAACCAGCUGGCAAAAAGCCUCCUCCGGCGCCGCCUUCGCGGCGAGUUCGCACCGACAGUGCGGGACAGGCUGACGCGAAGAAGCCAGCGGAAGAACCGACCAAAACGGAUCAAUUCGCCCAGGAACAGGCUCUCAGAGAGGAACAACAGGCGCAAGAGGACGAGAGGAAGCAACUUGAAAUCGAAGCCAAACAACGAGAAGAAGAGUAUGAAAGAGAAAAGCAGGCACAGGAAGCCCGUCUACGUGCACUGCAAGAACAGGUCCAACAGGGCAAGAUUAAAAAGCAGGAAGAGAAACGUCGAAAGGAGGAGGCUAGUCGACAGGCAAAAGAUCAGGAAUCUAAGCUUGCGGCCCAUCAAGCUGAACUUGAAAUGGCUCGAGAGCGAGAGCGACAGCUUCAAUUGGAACUGGAAGCUAUGGAAGAGCAAAGUUCUUCCGACGAUGAGGGUCCGGCCAACGUUACGCCACAGGACAGCACACCGACACAGAGUCAAGUUCUCAACACGGCAAACGCUUCCUCUCCCCCGGCCACUACCGAGCCAACAGCCCAGGACGUUCCUAGCCCUGCUAGCUCUCCAUCCAGUGGCCGCGCUGGACCGGCAGCCCUGAACGCGGACGCUGAAUCAAAGAACCCCUAUUUCAAGAAGAUAAACCAGCCCGCCGACGGCCAGGCCGCUGUCACCUCCCCCAAAGCCGACGCUCCGUCUACCAACCCUUUCCACCGUCUGACCCAGCAGCAAGAGACUGCCAAGCCAGCAUUCACCGCACCAGGUCCAUUGGAGCGGAAGUCUCGAGCGCGUCCUGAAGAUGAUGAUGAUUGGUCCGCGGCAGGCUCGGAAUUCGGCGACUCCUCUGACGAUGAGGACGAACGGGCAGGCGGCGGUAGCGCAAAGCAACUUGCUAGCAUCCUGUUCGGUACUAUGGCACCUCCGCGACCCCUCUCUGCCAUGGAUGAUAAGUCUCCUUCCAAAUCGUCCACCCCUGUGCAGGAUACCCCAGUGGUGCCUGAACUGGAAACCGAACCACUUUCCGCCCCUGGCGCCCCGCCGCCUCCCCCUCCGCCACCACCAGCUCCCGCUCCGGCGGGUGACUUUGGAGCGCCCCCUCCACCGCCUCCUCCGGGAGCUCCACCAGCUCCCCCACCUCCUCCGCCAGCUCCUCCCCGCGGGGGCCCAAGUGAUCGCGGUGCCUUGCUAGCUUCCAUUCAGGCAGGAAUGGGACUAAAGAAGGUUCAGACAAACGACCGGAGUUCUAGCUCGUCGGCAGGUCGGGUGCUGGGUUAA